AUGCAUAACGUAGUUCAUGAAACCAAGGACCCCCAGCCCUUCAAUGAUGGCGCUCAGAAAGAUCAAGAAACCGGCUCAACCUUAGUCGUUGAUGCCGCUGCUGAACGGGCUUAUGUCAAGAGAAUGGACAUGUACCUGCUGCCUUUCUUGAGCAUCAUGUAUUUCUUCAAUGCUGUCGACCGGAGCAACCUUGGAAACGCCGAGACAGAUGGAAUGAGCAAGGACUUGGGGUUCGUUGGAGAGCAGUUCUCUCUUCUGAUUCUGCUUUUCUAUGUACCCAAUGGCCUUUGCGAUCUUCCUCUUAACCUUCUCACCAAAAAAUUCUCUGGUAGAGUGAUGCUUCCCGCUCUCAUGGUCGGCUGGGGGGCGAUGGCGCUUCUGCAAGCCGCAGUCAAGAACUUUGGAGGCAUGCUGGCCAUUCGUCUACUGCUUGGCGCUUUUGAAGCAGGCUUUUUCGCUGGUGCCGUCUUCUACUUGACACUUUUCUACACCCGCGGCGAGCUUGGUUUCCGUAUUGCCCUGUUCUUUGGAAGUGCACUCCUUGCUAGUGCCUUUUCUGGUCUCAUCUCAUUUGGUGUCUUCCAAAUUCAUCACCCUAAAGUCACUGGGUGGAUGUGGCUGUUUCUCAUUGAAGGUGCAAUGACUAUCAUCUUUGGAGUCAUCGCCUUCUGGUGGCUACCAGCGAGUCCCCAGACCGCUUGGUUCCUCACAGAAGAUCAGAGACGGGUUGCCACUCUUCGAUCUCUCCGAGACGGCUCUGGAAAGAUUAACGAAGAGUUCAAUCUUCGGCAAUGCUUCAAGUCGUGGAACAGCUGGAAGUUCCUCGUCUGGUGUGUUAUUAGUUUGACUUACCCCGUUGCCUUUGCCACCACUGCCAACUUCCUGCCUCUUGUUCUUCGUCGACUUGGUUACUCAGUCGUUGUCACCAACCUUCUGACUGUGCCACCCAACGUCGCCGGCUUCUUGGUUCUUCUGGCUGUGACUUACAGUUCAGACAGAAACAGGGAGAGAACCUUCCACAUCGUUGGAAGUCUCGUCCUGAGUUUGGCAGGGCUCCUUGUGCUGGCCAUCAUCGAUGCUCAAGCACACGUUGGUGUUGCUUAUUUUGCAUGCUUCAUGCUGGCUGGAGGUGCAUACAUCCCCAGUUGUCUUGUGCACAGUUGGCAUAACAACAACAAUAUGAGUGAAAACUCUCGAGCUGCGACAACUGGACUUCUUGUUGGUCUUGGAAACAUUGGAGGGAUCCUCUCAGCCGGAACCUUUAGGACAACCUACGCACCUCGCUAUGCUCCUACCCUAAUCGCCACGGCUGCUUGUAACGUGACCUGUAUCUUCUUCACUCUGGGACUCGGGUUGUGGAUGCGGAAGCAGAAUAACAAAAAGAACCAGGAGCAGGGCGUUGUUCUCAGAGCCGAGGAUGUGGAUACGAAUGAACUUAGAGAUGGCGAAGAUGACCCCAAAUGGAGGUACUUUAUCUAA